AUGCCUGAUCCUGGUGUCGGCUUCGAGUACCCGCCCGUCGAGGUGCAGUGGCUCAAGCGCGAUGUGCUCCUGUUUGCCAACUCAAUUGGCGUCACGUCGGAUGAGCUUCACUUUCUCUACGAGCUUCACCCCAACUUCUCCGUCUUCCCGACCUAUCCCAUCGUCCUGCGUUUAGCCUUCAAGACCAACUCGCAAGAGGUCGUCGACUUCUAUGCGUCCCAGAAGGCCGUCAAGAUCCCCGGCGUUCCUGACUUCGACUCCAAGCGAGUCGUCGAUGGCGAGCGCAAGAUUGAAUUCUUCAAGCUUCUGCCCCCUACCUCGGAGGGCCGCAAGUUUGAGACGCGUACCAAGGUUCUAGGCGUCUAUGACAAGGGCCGCCCCGGAACCGUUCUGGAGACGCAGACCGACCUCGUCGACGCCGCCAACGGUGAAGUCUACACCCGCGUCGUCGGCAGCGCCUUCUUUCUCGGCCAGGGCGGCUGGCAAGGCCCCAAGGGCCCUGCGACCAAGAGCUUCCCCCCUCCCAAGGAUAAGAAGCCCGACGCCGUGCUGGAGCACCAGACGACGCAGGAGUCCGCCCUCCUGUACCGACUCAACGGCGACUACAACCCUCUUCACGCUACGCCCGAGCCCGGGUCCAAGAUGGGUUUUGGCGGUGCCAUCAUGCACGGAUUGUACUCGUGGAAUACGACGGCUCACCUCCUCCUCAAGAAGCUGGGUGGCGACGACCCGGCUAACAUCAAGGAGUAUCAGGCUCGCUUUGCCAGCCCCGUCAAGCCUGGAGAUAAGCUCAUCACGCAUGUCUGGAAGACGGGAGAGUACAAGGGUGACUUUGAGGAGGUCCGCUUCGUCACACAGAUUGAGGGUGGCAAAGUGUGCCUGAGCAAUGGAAGGGCUCUCAUCAGGACAGUCGGCGAGAAGAGCAAGCUCGCUGCUCCGAGACAUAAAAUGACACAGCCCCUUCACGUCGGUCAGCGACUGUCGUAUGAUGGAGCCAUCUGCACGGUGAGGUAUAUCGGUCAAGUCGCCGGCACCACGGGCACAUGGCUGGGCGUUGAGUGGGACGACCCUCUGCGUGGGAAGCACCAUGGCGUCCAUGGCGGGAGCCGAUAUUUUACAUGCGUUUCUAACUCUCCCACGGCGGCGUCCUUUGUCCGCCCUACGCGCAAGUCAGAGGAACCGCGGAGUUUCAUAACCGCCCUUAACGACAAAUAUGUGGUUGGGGUGGAAGACAGCUCAACCAAAGGGAUUUACUUUUCGGGAAAAAUUGCCGAGGAAGUCGGCUUCGACAAGAUUCGCCGCCAGCAGGCCCAGGUCGAGGAGCUUCGCAUAGUCAUCCUAGAUGGCAUGUGCAUCACCACGGCCCGGAAUGAGGGGGAGAAGCGCAUCAACGAUGUGUGCCCAAGUAUCAGGAAGCUCGACUUGAGCCGCAACCUCUUUGAGCAUCUCGCUCCAGUCAUCGACGUGUGCCGUGAGCUGCCUGAGCUGCGUAGGCUGUGCAUCAAUGGAAAUCGAUUCCAGGGAAUCAUGGAGGAUGACUUUGUCGACGAUAUCAGCACAUCCUGUGAGGGCGUCACGGAGCUGGAACUCGAGGACACACUGGCCGGCUGGGACGGUGUAUGCCGUGUCGCUGGAAGCUGUCCCUCGCUGACGUCGCUGAUUGCUGGGUCAAAUCAGUUCUCCACCCUGCCCCCGGUCCAAUACGCCACGAGCUUGACAUCGAACCUGACGUCGUUGAAGCUCGAGUUCAACGAAUUCACCGCACUGUCCGACCUAGCCAGUCUGACGGGGCUCACAGCCUUGCGUGACCUUCAUCUCAAGGGUAACAAUAUCAUCUCCCUAUCACGCGAGGAUGGUCCUCCCGCGCCUGUAUUCCCCCCCUCGGUGCACUACCUCGACUUGUCGUACAACCAGGUCAAAGACUGGGCAUUUGUCGACGCCCUGCCCACUCACCUGCCCGGUCUCAGGGGCUUACGACUCACGCACAACCCCAUCUACGGAGCACUCGUCGAUGAUGGUGACGGCAGCAGCAACAAAACCUCCUCGACGGAGGACGCCCACAUGUUCACCAUUGCGCGCCUGGCACCGCUCAAAUCGCUCAACUUCACGGCCAUCGCGCCUUCGGACAGGGCAAACGCCGAGAUGUUCUACCUCUCCCGCAUAGCCAAGCAGCUUGCUGCGGUCCCUGAGUCGGCUGAGGACACAGUCAAGGCGCAGCACCCGCGCUACGCAGAGCUAUGCGAGAUUUACGGCGAACCCGACAUCAUCCGCCGCAAUGAGGUUAACCCGUCGUUUCUCGAGUCCCGCCUAGUGACUGUCGCCUUCCAACUCCAGGGCCAUGGGAAGAAGACGGCGAAGAUACCCAGAUCGUUCGAUGUGUACGCUGUAAAGGGCAUCGCAGGGAGGAUGUUUGGUCUGCCGCCUCUGGGACUACGGCUAAUCUGGGAGACGGGCGAGUGGGAUCCUGUGGCGGGUGUGUAUAACGAGGAGGAUGAGGACGAAUUGGACGAUGCCGAUCUAGAGGUGCCGGGUGACGAGGUGGAGUUGGAAGAAGACGAGAGCGGCAGCGGUAACAAGCCUGGGAGGUGGAUCAAGAGAGAGGUGGAACUCAAAGACGGGCCCCGGCAGUUGGGAUACUGCGUCGACGGACUAGAUGCUACUAUCCGUGUAGAAGAGAAAUGA